CAUAAUUCUUAUCAUAUAUAGCCAAACUAACUUCUUCGUAAACAAGAUAUUUUGUUCAUUCUUAUUCUUAUAUAUGAUGAAAAACACUCUACUUUUGGCAACUCUUGUUGCAUGUCUAUUUUUUUCAGGGGUGUAUGGCUACACAAAAUCCGAGAUUAAGACUUGGUGUAGCCAGACACCCCACCCGCAUCCAUGUGAGCAUUUUUUGAGUUCUAACUCAAACUAUGGCCCGAUCAAGCAGAAACCAGAUUUUGUGAAAGCUUUAUUAAAAGUCACGUUGGAACGUGCUAAAUACGCAGGGUCACACACUCUAUCCCUUGGCCCAAAAUGUCGCAACAAGCGUGAAAGGGCAGCUUGGGCAGAUUGCUUAGAGCUUUAUGAGAACACCAUCCAAUACAUUAACAAAACCGUUGAUCCUUACCAAAAGUGUAGCCAGGUCGAUAUGCAGACCUGGCUUAGCACGGCCCUGACAAACCAAGAGACAUGCAGGGCCGGAUUUAAAGAGUUGGGUGUGACCGAUUACGUGUGGCCACAAAUGAGCAAUAAUGUAUCCUCUUUGAUUAGUAAUACCUUAGCAAUGAACAAAGGAUCAGUAGGGAACUCAUUACCUGUCGAACCAAGUCCUCCAAACUCAAAGUUUCCUAGUUGGGUAAAACCUGGUGACCGAAAGCUAUUGCAGUCAUCGACUCCACAAGCCAACGUUGUGGUGGCUCAAGAUGGUUCUGGUAACUUCAAAACGAUUGGCGCUGCCAUAGCUGCUGCUGCAAAGAGGUCAGGAACCGGGAGGUAUGUCAUUCGAGUGAAGGCUGGCAUUUACAAGGAGAAUAUCGAAAUCACUAAAAAGGUAAAGAACAUUAUGUUACUAGGCGAUGGUAUCGGAAAAACUAUCAUAACAGGAAGCAAAAGCGUUGAUGGAGGCACCACCACCUUCAAAUCUGCCACUCUUGCUGUGGUCGGAGAUGGAUUUAUUGGCCAAGGCUUCACAGUUAGAAACACCGCGGGUCCACAAAACCACCAAGCCGUGGCACUUCGCAGUGGCUCUGACCUUUCGGUAUUUUACAAAUGUAGCUUCGAAGGGUACCAAGACACCUUAUACGUUCACUCAAAUAGACAAUUUUAUCGCGAAUGUGACAUAUAUGGUACAGUUGAUUUCAUUUUUGGCAACGCUGCUGCCGUUCUCCAAAACUGUAACAUUUACGCCCGUAAGCCCCCAAACAAGACCAAUACAAUCACAGCUCAAGGCCGGACCGAUCAAAACCAAAACACGGGUAUUUCAAUCCACAACAGCCGUGUCACAGCUGCCUCUGACUUACAAGGUGUCUCGGGUGUUAAAACGUAUCUUGGAAGACCAUGGAAGCAAUACUCUAGGACGGUGUUUAUGAAAACAAGCCUUGAUAGCAUAAUUGACCCUUCGGGUUGGUUGCCAUGGAGUGGAAAUUUUGCACUUAGUACAUUGUAUUAUGGCGAGUAUAUGAACACUGGGCCUGGUUCAUCGACGUCGAAAAGGGUUAACUGGAAAGGUUAUCAUGUGAUUACUAGUAGUACCGAGGCGGCCAAGUUCACCGUAGGGAACUUCAUUACUGGUGGUUCUUGGUUGCCAGCAACCAAUGUUCCAUUCACGUCUGGUUUAUAACUUAUAAGUCAAUUGCAUGUCUAUAAUAUGUUGUACUUAAUUUAACAUUUUUACUUUUUCUUGUUUUAUUUGUUGUCAAAUUUCUUGAA